AUGGAGAUGACUCGGGUAUUACCCUCGAAUUUGAACUUUACCGCCUGUCGAGAAGACUUGAAACUACCGAGUCUCGAGGACAUGCGUGUUUACUGGCACACUAAAAUGCUGGCUGCACAACGAUACAUGGCUGUCAUGAACGAAGGCUUCAGUCUGGCCCUCCAUUUAAACAAUGAACGAUAUACGGAUGAGCUAGAAGCAAACAUCAGGAAGGAUUUCAGCACUCAACGGCCGCGUGUUAUUGACAGCUUAGAGGAUCCUGAUUUGAGUUGGACCGAUCUUAUCAGAGAGACCAAUGAAGCUUCUUUUACCCAGGUCGAUAAAGGGGUCUUUUCGUGUUCUGUUCGCCGCAAACAUACCGUCCAAAUGACCGCCGAGGAUCGCAAACAAGUCAGCCAUUACCACUCUAUCUCAGUUGUGCAUCAAAUACCGCAACAAAAACAUGUUCACAUCGAGAGAGAUACCAUUUCUGAGCUCCGCACUUUUAUUUCAGCUUGCAAAAAAGAUCGGGAAGAGGGUGCGUCUCUUGGCAACACGCUAUUUGUUCGAAUUGAAGACUAA